AUGGGUGUUCCCGCGCUCUUCCGAUGGCUUUCGCAAAAGUACCCCAAGAUCAUCUCGCCCGUCGUCGAGGCCGAGCCUGUCGAAUAUCCCGAUGGCACCGUUGAACCCGUUGACGCCACAAAGCCCAAUCCCAAUGGGGAGGAGAUGGACAACCUUUAUCUCGAUAUGAACGGCAUCGUCCAUCCGUGUUCGCAUCCAGAGGACAAGGACCCGCCGGAGAACGAGGAGCAGAUGAUGAUCGAGAUCUUCAAAUACACCGACCGCGUCGUCAACAUGGUGCGCCCGCGCAAGCUGCUAAUGAUUGCUGUUGACGGUGUCGCCCCGCGCGCAAAGAUGAACCAACAGCGCUCCCGCCGUUUCCGCGCCGUCCAGGAUGCCAAGCAAAAGGAUGCGGAUGCCGCCGAGUUUGCGAAGAUGCUCGCUUCACAGAACCAAAAGAAGGGCGAGAGCGAAAAUGACGAUAGCGCCGAGGCCAAGAUCGUCAAGAAGACUUGGGACAGCAACUCCAUUACCCCAGGGACUCCCUUCAUGGAUAUUCUGGCCCAGAGUCUUCGUUACUGGUGCGCCUACAAGCUCAACACCGACCCUGCUUGGGAGAAGCUCAAGGUCAUCAUCUCCGAUGCGACUGUUCCUGGAGAGGGUGAGCAUAAGAUCAUGGAGUUUGUGCGCUCUCAGCGCCGGUCUCCAUACCAUGACCCCAACACCCGCCACGUUAUCUACGGUCUCGAUGCCGAUUUGAUCAUGUUGGGUCUUGUGACGCAUGAGCCCCACUUCCGUGUCCUACGUGAGGAUGUGUUCGCCAACGACGCCAAACCUAGGACAUGUAGACGCUGCGGACAGGUAGGCCAUUACGCAGACCAAUGCCGUGGCGAGAUCAAGAAGAAGGAGGACGACCAUGACGUCAAGCAGAACAAGGUUACCAAGAAACCGUUCAUUUGGCUCCAUGUGUCCAUCCUCCGUGAGUACCUCGCAGCCGAGCUCAAGGUUGACAACCAAGGCUUUACCUUUGAUCUGGAGCGCACCCUAGACGACUGGGUCUUCAUGUGCUUCUUCGUCGGAAACGAUUUCUUGCCACAUCUCCCAAGUCUUGAGAUUAGAGAGGGAGGUAUCGACACUUUGAUCAACAUUUGGCGCGAGAACUUGCCUGAAAUGGGUGGAUACGUCACGAAGGAUGGCCAUGUUGACAUGGGCCGCGCUCAGAUAAUCUUGCAAGGUCUGGCGAAGUUGGAGGACGGCAUCUUCAAGCGCCGCAAAGAGACCGAGGAUAGAAGGGAAGCUGCCCAGAAGCGCAGGAAAUUGCAAGAAGAGAGGAGGAAUGGCGGUGCAAGAUUCGCGCAGGGAGGAGAUGGCAAUCAGCAGAACAACUCCCCUACUGCUCGAAAGGGCAAGAAGGGCGAGACUGCUGAAAACUUCGCCAAUCUUCCCAUGUUCAGUCCCGGAGAACUUCAGUCAAAGGAAGCGAGGAGUCUGACCCAUGAGAAUUUCGUCAACAGGAAGGCCAUUUUCCAAGGCCAAGCCAACGUCGCAAACAAGAGCGCAGCUGCUGCCCUGAAAGAGGGGCUGCUUGGUAAGAAGCCUGAGACUGUCUCUGUUGCUGCUGGCCAGAACGGCAACGCGGAGGAAGCUCCUGUUCCGGACACUCCUGGUGGUGAUGCUACCGCGACUCCGCCAUCUGCCCUUGGCAAAAGAAAGGCGGAACUUCUAGAAGAUGAUUCUAGCACUCCUGGCCGUAACACGCCGGAUGUCGCUUCACCUGCGGUCAAGCCCGACGAACCUCCGGAGGACACCGUAAAAAUGUGGGAGGAUGGCUACAUGGACCGGUACUAUGAACAGAAAUUCCACGUCGAUCCCAAGGAUCUGGAAUUCCGCCAUCAGGUUGCGCGGGACUAUGCUGAGGGUCUCGCUUGGGUGCUGUUGUACUACCUGCAGGGCUGCGCUUCUUGGACAUGGUACUAUCCUCACCACUACGCUCCUUUUGCUCAAGACUUCGUCGAUCUCGACAAGAUGGAGCUCAAGUUUGAGAAGGGACAGCCCUUCCGUCCCUACGAACAGCUCAUGGGUGUCUUGCCUGCUGCGUCCAACCACGCUAUUCCACCGGUGUUCAGGCCGCUCAUGGAAGAGGCGGAUAGCGAAAUCAUUGACUUUUACCCCGAAGAUUUCCGGGUUGAUCUCAAUGGCAAGAAGAUGGCCUGGCAAGGUGUUGCCAUCCUUCCGUUCAUUGACGAGAAGAGGUUACUGGAUGCCAUGGCUACCAAGUACCCGCUACUCACCCCGGACGAGGCGGCUCGCAAUGAGUUUGGCAAAGAAGUGCUUCUAUUCUCCACCCGUCACCCUCUCUACGAAGAGGUUGCUCAGCAAUGGUACUCGAAGAAGCAGGGCGAACCUCAGCACGUACUGAAUCCUCAGAUUAGCGAAGGGCUUGCAGGCACAGUCACAAAGAACGACGAUUAUCUGCCACAAAGCUCUCUCGUCUUCCCUCUGGACAGCAAAGGUAUGCCAGACUUGGAGGAGGACCAGUCAAUCAGCGUCCACUACGAAAUGCCCAAGUCAAAGAACGUCCACAAGUCCCAGCUCCUCCGCGGCGUGCAAUUCGCCCCUCCCGCCCUCACCCAGGAUGAAAUCCACGGUGUCCGCAACCGCGCUCGCCACGGCGGCGGCGGCGGUGGUGGUGGUCGCGACCGCGGCUUCCACUCGCACAACGAGAACCGGUGGCAAGGCGGGCCCCCUCGCCACAACAACCACCGCGGCGGCGGUGGUGGUGGCGGCGGCGGCGGCUACAACAACAACGGCGGUGGCUACAACAACAACAACAACAGCCACAACAACAACCAACCCCCCAACAUGAACCCCAACAACCCCAUCGCCGGCUUCCUCAACCCCAACUUCGACCCCCAGGCCUUCAUGCAGCGCGGCGGCCCCCCCGGCGGCCCCGGCGGCGGUCCGCCCGGCCCCGGCGGCGUCCCGCCCCCGCCGCACCUCGCCGCCCAGAUGAACGGAUGGCAGCCCCCGCCCCCGCCGCAGUUCGGCGGCGCGUUCCCCCCCAUGCCUGCCGGCUACGGGGGAUAUGGCGGUCCGCCGCAGAACAGCGGUGGUGGUGGUGGCGGAUACGGUGGCGGUGGCGGUGGUGGUGGUGGCAGAGGAGGAGGAGGAGGAUACGGUGGCAGGAGAGAUGAUAACUACAGGCCUGGCGGCGGUGGCGGUGGCGGUGGCGGUGGAGGAAGGCAGGAUGACAACUACAGGCCCCACGACGGAUACGGCGGAGGCGGAGGCGGAGGUGGAGGAGGUCGUGGCGGUGGUAGGAGGGGAGGCAGAGGAGGAGGUGGUGGUGGUGGAAGGGGCGCGUAUGAUAGGCGCUAG